CCAUGAGUCUAGUAUACCGAAAAAUUGGCAUUAUAUGCAUUAGCAGUUAUUCAAUGAAAAUAUGUUUUAAAAAAAUCAGGUCAGGUCAGGAAGGGGGGCAUGCACUGACACAGCACGCUGCUGCACACACCACAUAAAACAUCUCGGGAUCCUAGCUGGCGACCGUCCAGGCCAACACAUGGUCCUGUCACAUCCUCUGGAAAUGACCAUCGAUCUGCCACAGCCAGGUGUUACGUGUCUCCUUGGGCUGGACCAACUGCUCAGGUCGUCAGCAAUGAGGAUCCUGUGAGCUGGAUACUUAACUACCUAAAGAAGACCUAAUAAAUUAUGUAUAGGAUAGUGUAAAGAGCCACUGCACUAGAGACACUGGAGUUGAGCCACUGUGUUACCAAAAAUGAAAUAGAAAGAUAACAUUUCUCUUAAUAGUAGUCUAUAUUAUUGUAUUCCCCAGAGGGUUUUGAAGAUAUAGAGCUGGAUAGCAAACAGCGAAAUGUAGUACUGUAGCAUGGAAAGAAACAGAGGCUUCAGAUGUUCACAGUACAGUUGACGCCCACCAGAAUAAAACCUGGUCGUUCCAUAGCAGUUUGCAGUUGACUUUCAUCAUCUUGCGACUUUGAGAACAUCAGUACUGUAAGUGGUCUUACAGUAGAAGAGUAGAAGAGAGUUUUCUGAUCAUGAAUCAGCUUCGUUACUGCAGUAUUUAUGUGACACUAAAGUACCUCUUAUAUGUCCAGGCAUCACUUCUUAGUACCUGUGAAAAAGAUAAAAAUUUUAAAAGUAAAAAUGGACAUUGCUGUAAACUCUGUCAUCCAGGCGAACAUAUGAAAAUGGAAUGCAGUGUGGGGCAUGACACAGUCUGUGAGCCUUGCCCUCCUGGCUUGUACUCCCAUGUAGCAGAUAUAUUCUGCGUAAAUUGCACCAAAUGUGAGCAAGUUGUGGUUAAAGAAUGUACCACCACAACUGAUACUCAAUGCACAUGCAAGGAUGGCUACCUGUGUGCCAAUAGAAAGUGUACCAAGUGUGUCGAACACUUAGUGUGUCCCAGAGGCAAGGAGCUGGAGAAGCUUGGGGAUUUUGAUUAUAUAUACCAAUGCAAGAAUUGCCCCACAAAUACAUACUCAGACACUGAAGGCGGAAGGUGUCAGAAUCUAACAGUGUGUGAGAAGCUUGGUAAGAAGGAAAUAUCCUCGGGCAACAGCACCCACAAUACAAUAUGUGGCCCUAUUGCAUCACCCCCCCCUGGCAAUCCUGAGAAUUUAGCACCUUACCUCAGUGUCAUCAUUGUCACACCCCUUCUCCUCCUCAUCUUCUUGAUCAGCUGCUUAUGGAAGAGGAAAAUAAAGUAUAUUACGCCCACGACCAUGAACCAAAUUGAAAACAUGCUGAGCUGCCCAUUAUCAAAGGAAGAAAAGGGUGACCUUCCAAUCCAGGCACUGGACAGCAAAACAAGCCAGCCGUCCAGCAUGGAGCAGGGUCUCAAUGUCAUCGUGUGAAUUCUCAACUCCUUUCUUGAGAAUCGUCUGGGAUGAAAAGGUCAGAGAUUGUCAUUAUAAUGACAAUCUGUUACCGGAACAAGUGAUGAAAAAGCAGUGAGAAAAAGCCAACCAACCACAGAGGUUAUCUUACAUUUCCACCAUUAAAGUUUUUAAGAAACUCCAGCCAUGAUGCUGAUCUGGGGUGGCUGGCAAGGGGUGGGCGUGGCCACCCUAGACUGAAACCUGACCAGCCCAUUCCCCCCCUGUCAUAUUUACAUUUUUGUGGCAUUAAUGUAAGCUUGUUACCUUAACUACACGAAAUUCAUAUAUUACAUGUGUAUUUGAUAAUUCCACCACUGUCUGAAAUAUAAACAAUGUACACUUAUAGCAUUUAGGUACCUUUUUCUACGUGCCUUAUAUUCAUAUUUAGAUUUAUUGGUCACCCCCAAAAUGACCUCAGUCCCAUCCAGACCCCCCCCCACAUAAAAUAUUCUGGCUCCGCCGUGGCAUGGGUGCUGCGCUUUUAUAACUCACUUGGAAAGUUUGUUGGUGUCUGACGACUUCUGUGUUACUCCCACUCAGAAAUCAGCAUAUUUUCCUUUCCUACGUCAGUACAGUAAUACUCUGCAACCUAGACAGGAAUGUGUAACAGUCUUUGGUCUUCUGCAUCAAACUACAUAUCUUCAUCCAUCAAAUCAACCCACCCAACUAUCCAUCCAUCUUCCAGAUGGUAAUUCUGAGCUCAUGUGUGUGGUAGAAAUUUGCUGUUUUACUUAUGUGGUGUACAUAUAAAAUACUUCUGAAUUUCUUAUUACUUGAUUUUUCUAAUGCUAGUGUAAUGUCAGAAUGCAAACCCUUUAUAAGGUCAAAAAUAGUACCCUGAUCUUUUCUAAGGGGAUUUUUAAAAGGUUUUAUUUGUGUUAUUUUGUCUUGUUUUCAACUAUCACGAAACAAUAAUGUUUCUGAUUCAUAUUAUUAAUUAUUAUUGUUCCAUCAUUAUUAAUGGCAGUUAUAUAGUGGGUGUUCUUAAGUAAGAGAUGUACGGAUUUGUGUAAAUUGACAUUAUAUACAGUAUCUGUACAAAAUCAGCGUAUCUUGUGAAAACCCUUAACUUUUGCCACAUUACAUCCUGGUAGUUAGAAAAUACUCGGGAUAAAGUUAAGGAAAGGCUGUGACUAUCUCUCUGAGUACCAUUAGGUGUAUUUCUAAGAACUGGAAAGAAUUUCAGGACCUACUAAAGUCUUCUAUUCUUGCCAAUGGUGUCCCAUCGGGAUGAGGGAUAGGACUGCUAUACCUCGCCCUACUAUACCUCGCCCUACUAUACCGCGCCCUACUAUACCUCGUAAUUUAAAAUCACACCUAAGAGGCUUUGUGUCACCUAAAUUUUCCUGUCUGAGUUCAUCAGCCAGAUCUGUAGAAUACUGUAGAAGAGGAAUAUAUUGUCAGGUGAUAAAAUAAUUAAUUGGGACGGGGUGUAUAGAAUAUAUAACUCAUCUUAGAAUCCAAAUUAUCAUUGAUUCAAUAAAAAUUAUGCCAUAGAUUUUAUUGAACUUAUUAAUGUAUACGGUGGGCUUAAUAUCAAGCACUAUUUCUGGCCUCUCUUCCUAGGGGUCUCUGGUCUCUUACAAAUGUAUGUUUUGGGAAUGAACUCCUGUCUAUUUUUUUUUUUUUUUUUUUAAAAAAGAUAGCAGGUGUUUUGUCUAAAUUUAUUAGGAAAAAGAUUCCUUUGCAUCCCAAGUCGCUACUUUUGCCGGAGGCUGCAGAUGUAAGUAUUGAACAAAGCACAGUGUUGUCUGUUGUUGGUGGGCUUGACAACAGGAAAAAAAGCCCCCAAAAAAUGAAUUGCUCAGAGAUGGAUUACACCUCACAAUCUUUCCCUAACAAUGUGGUUAUGGUGCUUUCAGGACGCUGUCGUGAUAGAAUUGUCCGCUGCUUAGGGCUAAGACUGAGUACUGAGUUUUGGGACGAGGCCGCCCUUCUUAUCAGGCCUUUAACUGUUAUAGAAACUUAGGGACUUGCCCUUAGUUAUCCUUUUGGUCUGAGGUGCGGGGAUUCUGGGGCUACCCGGGAUGGGCUAGGGGGGGUGGAAGAUGGGGUUGAUGAUGGUUUUGAUUUAUUUGCUGUUUGUCCUUUGUUUUGUGUUUGUUGUAACCAGAUUAUAUUAAUAAAAACUCCUUGAACAAAACAAAACAGAACUGGAAAGCACAUGGCAGGUUGGCCGACUCUCAUGCAUUUAGCGUGACGCUUUCAGACUCUCACGCUCAUGCAAAUCUAUAUUAUUCCAUCAUAAACCCAAAGCAUAGCUUUGGGGUAGUUUGCAAACCCUACAAACUAUUUACAAGGUAAUAAAACUGUUACAUACAUG